CCUCCAAGUGCACAUGCGCGACAAGGUCUCCAGGAUGAAGCUUUUGUUGGGAAAGCAAGCGGGACUCUUAUUUGGACAGUGAUCUGUUGCGCAUGCGCGGGGCUUCCUGAGGCGGUGGGUGGUAUAUUAGGCGAAGAGGCGGGGUCGCCCAGAGCUGCCGCGCUGGCAUUUUCUCCUGGACAAGGAGAGAGUGCGGGUGCAGAGAGCGGAGCAGAGCAGUCCCGAAUCUCUGAGUCGUGAAGAAGGAAGCAACGAAGGGGAUUGGGGUUGGGGCCUGAGGCAAGGCUCUGCUCUUGCCAGAGAGACAAGAGCUAUGGCUCAGAAACCGGACGGCGGUGCAGGCCUCCGCGGCUUCCAGGCAGAGGCCUCUGUAGAAGACAGCGCCUUGCUUGUGCAGACCUUGAUGGAAGCCAUCCAGAUCUCCGAGGCUCCGCCCACCAGCCAGGCCACAGCAGCUGCCAGUGGGCCGAAAGCUAGUCCCCAGAGUUCACAGCCCCCAACUGCCAAUGAGAAGGCUGAUACUGAGGUUUCAGCAGCUGCUGCCAGGCCUAAGACAGGCUUUAAGGCCCAGAAUACCACCACAAAGGGGUCAAAUGAUUACUCUCAGGCACGUAAUGCCAAGGAGAUGUCCAAGAAUCAGCCUAAGGUGGCCUUUAAGUCACAGAAUGCCACCUCUAAAGGUCCACAUGCUGCCUCUGAUUUUUCCCAUGCAGCAUCCACAGGCAAAUCAGCAGCUAAAAAGUCUGAAAUGGCCUUUAAGGGUCAGAAUACCACUACUAAGGCUGGCCCCAGUGCCAUCUACAAUUUCUCUCAGUCUCCCAGUGCCAAUGAGAUGAGCAACAACCAGCCUAAGACAGCUAAGGCUUGGAAUGACACCACUAAGAUCCCUGGAGCUGAUGCCCAGACCCAGAAUGUAAACCAGGCCAAAAUGGCUGACGUAGGGACCAGCGCAGGUAUCUCUGAAACUGACGGUGCAGCAGCCCAGACCUCAGCAGAUGGCUCCCAGGCUCAGAAUGUGGAGUCCCGGACUAUAAUUCGGGGCAAGAGGACCCGCAAGAUUAAUAACUUGAAUGUGGAAGAGAACAGCAAUGGGGACCAAAGGCGUGCCUCGCUGGCUUCCGGGAACUGGAGGUCUGCUCCGGUUCCAGUAACCACUCAGAACCCACCUGGCGCACCCCCUAAUGUGCUGUGGCAGACACCACUGGCUUGGCAGAACCCAUCAGGCUGGCAAAACCAGACAGCCAGGCAGACCCCACCAGCACGUCAGAGUCCCCCAGCUAGGCAGACACCAUCAGCUUGGCAGAACCCCGUUGCAUGGCAGAAUCCAGUGAUCUGGCCUAACCCAGUGAUCUGGCAGAAUCCAGUGAUCUGGCCAAACCCCAUUGUCUGGCCUGGCCCAAUUGUCUGGCCAAACCCAAUGGCCUGGCAGAGUACACCUGGAUGGCAGAGCCCACCCAGUUGGCAGGCUCCACCUAGUUGGCAGAGCCCUCAAGAUUGGCAAGGCCCUCCAGAUUGGCAGUUACCACCUGACUGGUCAAUGCCUCCUGACUGGUCCUUUCCCUCUGACUGGCCUUUUCCACCUGACUGGAUCCCUGCCGACUGGCCAAUUCCACCCGACUGGCAGAACUUACGACCCUCACCUAAUCUGAGAUCCUCCCCCAACUCUCGUGCCUCACAGAACCAGGGUCCUCCGCAGCCCCGAGAUGUGGCCCUUCUUCAGGAAAGAGCAAAUAAGCUGGUCAAGUACUUGAUGCUUAAAGACUACACGAAGGUGCCCAUCAAGCGCUCAGAAAUGCUGAGAGAUAUCAUCCGAGAAUACACUGAUGUUUAUCCAGAAAUCAUUGAACGCGCAUGCUUUGUCCUGGAGAAGAAAUUUGGAAUCCAGCUGAAGGAAAUCGACAAAGAAGAGCAUCUGUAUAUCCUCAUCAGUACCCCUGAAUCCCUGGCUGGCAUACUGGGAACGACCAAAGACACACCGAAGCUAGGCCUCCUCUUAGUGAUUCUGGGCAUUAUCUUCAUGAAUGGCAACCGUGCCACUGAGGCCGUCCUCUGGGAAGCACUGCGCAAGAUGGGACUACGUCCUGGGGUCAGACAUCCCCUCCUUGGCGAUCUGAGGAAACUUCUUACUUACGAGUUUGUAAAGCAGAAAUACCUGGACUACAGACGAGUGCCCAACAGCAACCCUCCUGAGUAUGAGUUCCUCUGGGGCCUCCGCUCCUACCAUGAGACUAGCAAGAUGAAAGUGCUGAGAUUCAUUGCAGAGGUUCAGAAGAGAGACCCUCGUGACUGGACUGCACAGUUCAUGGAAGCUGCAGAUGAAGCCUUGGAUGCUCUGGAUGCUGCUGCAGCUGAGGCAGAGGCCCGGGCCGAAGCAAGAAACCGCAUGGGGAUUGGAGACGAGGCUGUGUCUGGGCCCUGGAGCUGGGAUGACAUUGAGUUUGAGCUGCUGACCUGGGAUGAGGAAGGAGAUUUUGGAGAUCCUUGGUCCAGGAUCCCCUUUACCUUCUGGGCCAGAUACCACCAGAAUGCCCGCUCCAGGUUUCCCCAGGCCUUUACCGGCCCCAUCAUUGGCCCCAGCGGCACUGCCACCGCCAACUUCGCCGCCAACUUCGGUGCCAUUGGCUUCUUCUGGGUUGAGUAAAUUGUCAGAUACUGCUCAUCAUUUGCAAUAGUUUUCCCUGAGUGAGGCUGAAGCCUCAGAUUCCUUCAAAACACAGCUAUCUAGAGAGCCACAUCCUGUUGACUGAGAGUGGCAUGCAAGAUAAAUUUAUUUGCUAUUCUGUCUAUUACUUUUUUUUCCUUGUGUGUUGUCAAGUUUUGGUAUCAGAAAUAAAUGUUGAAAUUGCAAAGUGAA